AUGGCUUCCGUUUCAUCAUUGGACAAGGACUUGCGCAGGGUGCGCCUCGACAAGUACACGCCAGCUGCGGCGAACGAGGUGCGCUCGUGGAUCGAAGACACCUUGGGCGAGAGGCUGCCGUCAUCCGACCUCCUCGAGGGACUCAAAGAUGGCGUUGCGCUCUGCAAGCUGGUCAACCUCGCCGUCCCUCCACCUGGCGUCAAGUUCAAGCAGUCCGCCAUGCCUUUUGUGCAAAUGGAGAACAUCUCCAUCUUCCUGCGCGCAUGCCAAGGACCGCCACUCAACCUCCACCAACAUGACACCUUUCUCACUGUCGACCUGUACGAGCAAAAGGACCCUGCCCAGGUCCUCCAGUGCCUGGGCGCUUUCAGCCGCGCCGCCCACGCGGCGAACCCGAGCCGAUUUCCUACGGCCAUAGGACCGAAGAACAGGAUGAGCGUCGCCGAACCACAGAACUCAGCGCCCUCGACGCCGAUCCGCAACAGGGGUAUCUCUGUGACAAGCAACACAUCCUCAGCCUACGGCUCGAAGCCUGUGCUCUCACACCGGACGGGUGAUUCAGCCUCGGGCCGGUAUAGCCCGACUAAGAGUCCCAACAAUGGCGCCAGCUCACCUGGUCCUGUUAGUAGCUGGAGUAAGAGGGAGCACGAGGGUGCUACAUCGCCGGCGUGGAACAUUGCACAGUACGGAUACAUGGGUGGCGCAAGUCAAGGAAACCUGGGUAUCGCCUUUGGAGCGCGGAGGCAGAUCACCACGAGUGGUCCCAAAGUGCCAAGCCUCGCUGACAAGGAGCGCAUGCGCAAGGAGAAGGAGGCAGAGGAAGAGAGAGAAAGACUUGCGGCGGAAGAGGAAGAGCGCCGGCGAAGAGCGGAACUAGAGGCGGAGGAAGAACGCGCCCGGCUGGACGAAGAGCGCAGGUGGGAAGAGGAGACCAACCGCGCGCGUGAAGAGGAGCGUCGAAGAGCGGAAGAGGAGAAACGGCGUUGGGAGGAGGAGGAACGCGAGUGGCGGCUCACUGAGGAAAAGCGAAGGCGCGAGGAGAAGGAGGCCGAGGAGCGUCUGGAGGCCGAGCGCCAGCAAAUCCGAAGUCAGGGGGGCAGCACACCCAAGGGCUCACUCCGCAGCCAGCACACUGGCAGUGGCGACACAAACUACGGCGACAGGAUCAAGCAGCUCGAGAAGGAGCUGGAAGAAGCUCGCCAACGAGAGGCCGAAUAUGAGCGCGAACGCCAGGCAAGGAGUGGCGGCUCGAGUCGGCGAUCUCCUCGACCCCUUCCGAACCCCACAGCCCAGCCUGAGCACGUCUCCUCACCGCCGGCGCACACCACGCCAAGAGCCCCCCGUCCUCUGCCCAAGCCAGCGGUGACCCCAGAGGCUGCCUCGUCCUCGUCCUCUCCGUUCAACGCCGCUCGCUCGCCUCGCCCUCUGCCCGAGCCCACGGCCAAGUCGCCUCCAGUGACGAGUCCCAGCGCUAGCGGCGGCGGAGGACGACCCCUCCCGGACCCCAAGACGUACUCGUCACCCCCGUCCGCACACGCCAGCCGCACAGACCGUUACCUCUCAUCCAACCCGGCGCCUUCCCCCUCAGGGCCCCAGCAGACGUACGCGCGCGAACUCGGCGCCACAGCAGAACAGGACGGCGAGGACCGCCGCCGCGUCCAGAGCCAGCAGCAGACAAAAGCCGGUGGAUGGGCGAGCAAGUCUCUGCUCGAGCGGGAGAUGGAGCGCGAGCGCGAGAGGCAGCGGGAAUGGGAAGAGGCGCAGAAGGAGACGGCCGCCGCCGCCAGGAACUCGGAUGGCGUCGACGGCAUCAGCGGCGGCAUCGGCGGGAAGUGGGACGUCAGUCAGUGGAGUGGGUUCACGGGUGGUGAUGGGCAGAACAAGGGCACCCAGGGCAUCGGGGCUGGGCGAAGGCAGAUAGUCGGUCCUCGGCCGUUACCUGGACCUGGCUCCAAGCAAUGA